CAAAUACCUGAACACUGAAAUAACGCUUCAUUUGAAAUGUCUCAUAUUUGUAUAACAUCAAUAAUGUGCAUUGUCUUCAUCGAGGUCAUCCAUGGAGGAGGUGGUAACACUGGUGAUUUUUGCACCGAUUUGAAGAAACAGCUUACAGAGUUGCUUAGUGGUGCAGGCCGUAAGUUAGUUGUAAUUGUGAAUAAUUGCCAGCACAUUGUUACAGGACCACUUGAAGAAGAAAACAUUCCCUUAAAUUAAAAUGCAAACAAUUCUGGAGACGUUUCCUUUUUCAAAACGUCAAUCUUAAAAACUGCAUGAAUAUAUUUUUUAUUUCUUUGUACUCUCAGUGGCAUAUAAGGCUUUAAGCAAAAGACUUGAAGUUUCGAUAGCUGUGAACGAGGCGUGCAAGAUGCAUUGAAGAAGAUCUAUUUUUCAUUUGGACAUUGAUUUCUCGUAUGAGUCAUUCAUUAACAUUUAUUUGCCCCGAUUGCAAACUGUGAGUAGCAAUGAAAAUGUUUACUUAAAAGUUUUGAAUGGUUGUGAUUCUUAGAGGUAUUUGGUUUAUACAAUAUGUCACUCACUCCAAUAGUCGACUUGAUACCAGUAAAACAUUGAAGGCAUUUUUAAAAACUUCAUGCAAUUCUUCCCAUUAAUAAACUUGAACAAAGCAAGAACAACAAUUGCACCAGGAUAAUAUAAGCUCACCUUUUAUUAUUUCGAGGAUUCUUCUCAGCUGGUUACAACAUGACCGAUAAAAAAAUAUGAAUUACAUUAAAGAUGUGAACAUGCUUUUCCACGAUCAUAAGGAGUAAUUGGUAGGAAUUAAAACUAACAUUAGUCCGGAAUGAUUUAACUGAUUAGGAGUUAAAAACACUGACUAUUUAUAGAAUAAGUAUACAGUUAGGCUUGGAACCAAAAAACAGCAGAGUUGCCCAUAUAUGUGUCUGUAUGGAAACAAGGUUUAGCUAGAAAGAGCAUCACAAAAAAGUGGAUUUCAGGUCAUAUGUUUCAAAUCAGAAAUCCCUCAUUGAGUGAAUCCAAACUGAUCACAUAGUACAGUUGGAAAACUCAGGAACAUAAAUUCAACAGACAGUUUAAAAAUGAUCAUUUGGCAUCUUUUGCAAUAAAAAGUUUCCGUGGUGGCAAUAUUGUGUGUGUGUAAUAUUACUGAUGGAUUGAUCUGGCUAUUAUGAUCGAAAUUAUUCCUAAAUUAGUUCAUUGCGGCUGACUGUUAACAGCAAAUUUGUUACUGAUUUCAGACCUAGGAGGUGAGCAUGUUAAAAACAUUGAGAAUGUAAACUCUUUCCGAAGCUAAAAAUGUUCAUAUGUAACAAGCGAUACAUUAAGCUGAGUGUCCCAAAGUCUAACGAACUGUCCUUACAUUAAGUUAACACGGAGUUUUCAGAUGCCUUCACAAAAUGUGAAUGCAUUCCAUGGAAUAAAUUGACCACUAGUGGAUUAAUACUCGCUGGGGAAAAUGUGGAUUUUGCAAAUGAAUAGAAAAGGGACUAGGCGCAUAAAAUCCGGUAUGCUUUAUUGGACUUUGAUGAUAUCAGUUAGCCUUCUAAACAGCAUAUAAAGAAUUCACAGUUGAGAAGUCAUUUUAUUCUCCUUAACGAUUUUUUUAUCUUUCUCGAAGAUACUGAUGGCAGUCGAAAAAGUAAUGUCCUCUUUAUUUAGCCCUGUGAAUCACCAUUCACUAUCUAUUACUUUAAAACUAAGUUAACCACGUUAUGGCUCAUACCUCAUAAACUUACAGCUGCAGUCAGCCACUUGAAUAAAAAUGUAAACGAAAAUUGAAAUACUCGAAUAAGAACUUUUCAGAUUGUAAUAAGCAGUCAGAUAACUGAUGUUGAUUUAUGGAUAAUUUCUUAACGAUCAUGAACAGUAUUUUCAUUACAAGUUGUUUAUAAAAUUAUUCAAUGUUCAGUCAAAUUACUGUCUAUACAUUUUCUCAUCAGGCGAUGAAAAGAAACAUCCAUCAUGUAAGUAAAAGUUGAAUUCUACAUUACAAAACGUUGUUGUGCGACAUCCAAAAAAAAUUAAUUCUUUUCAACUGUGCAAUAUAAAGCGAGGUACUUGGAGAUGAACUUGGUAACAAGAAGAUCUUUAAGGAUUUUAGCUGAUUAUUAGGAAGUGGAGUGUUGCUGAAAACACAUGGUGUUAGUUGUAGCUACUAGAAUUGUCGAAUUCUAUUGUGAACGCAAGGAAUCCAUAGAUGCUUUCUUCUGUAAAGUUAUCAAACUUCCUCAAGUUAUUUGCACUUCUUCAAAAUAGCAAAGAUUUGCGGCAAUAUUAAUAACGUAGUAACAUAUCAAAAUGCUUGAUUGCCACAAAAAUGUCAUUCAACAGCUAUACAGUCGAAGUAUGUUUCAGGUACAAAACGAUCUCUUAGAGUUCCCAAAUACUUGAUGUCAAAGCUAUCAGCAAAAAAAGAAUAGACCAAAAGCUGUCCGUGGAAAAUCCAAUCUUAGUUGUAGAGGAGCACACUGUCAUCACAAUUACAGCAAUGACAGGGAUUAAAACUAGGGAUUAAACAAGAACAACUACAGAUAAGUAGGAUUAAGUCGACAAGUGAUGUUAAGACGUUGCAACAUCGAUAUGCGAGUACUUCUCCUUCUUUUG